GCACAAAAGAAAGGGAGGGAGCGUGAAGAAUCAGGAGAGAGAAAAACAAUGGCGAACAAGGGCGGAGGAGGAGGAGGAUCGGUGGUUCGUGCGGCGGAGAUGGAGAAGAUGAGCAUUGAACAGCUUAAAAUGGUGAAAGAACAAUCAGAUCUUGAACUCAAUCUUCUUCAAGACAGUUUAACUAACAUUCGUACUGCUACUUCUCGUCUUGAACUCGCUUCUACUGCACUUCACGACCUCUCUUCCCGCCCUCAAGGGAAGAAGAUGUUGGUGCCUUUAACGGCGUCGCUUUAUGUUCCUGGUACUCUUGAUGAUGCUGAUAAGGUUCUGGUUGAUGUUGGCACUGGUUACUUUGUUGAGAAAACAAUGGUUGAAGGCAAGGACUAUUGUCAGCGCAAAAUCAGUCUGCUUAAAUCUAAUCACGAGCAACUUGUUGAGGUUGCAUCAAAGAAGAAAAUUAUAGCUGAUGAAGCCGGAGCUGUACUACAGGCCAAGUUAAAGCAGAUGGCACCAAGUUCAUGAGAAUCUACGUGUAACUCAGUUUUGUAAUUCAGCAUUAUGGAUUCUUAGAAAUUGUAACGGUAUUUGAAUUGUCUUUACCAAUUACCAUCAUAUUUAUAGGCUUGAUAAAAAGUACUUAUUUUUGGAAGAUAAUGUGCCUCUAUUUAAAA